AUGGCGGAUAACGUUUCGAUUAAGAGCGUCAAGAGCGACGCAAGUGGCAAGACGUCGAUUUCGUCAAAUAGCCGUCCGUCGACUCAAAAGUCUCAGACGUCAAAAGUAAAGAGACGUCGCCGGAAGUCUUCAGUUUCUUCCGUCGGAAACGGCGCCAAACCGAAAAAAGAUGGCGGCGGUAUCUUCGAGCAGACAGCCAUACCAGAAGAAGAAAAGCUUCCGCUAGAGCUCUGCGGCGCGUGUCAACGGGAGGCAAGACACGUUGAGGCGACGCAUUUCUGCGAAGAGUGCUCGGAGAACCUGUGCGCCACGUGCGUGCAGCAGCAUCGAAAGUUCCCGCUGAUGAAAGAUCACGUGAUCAAGCCGAGGGGCGGGGCGACUGCCGUGAAGACGGUUGCGAUGACGACGUGUGAGAAACAUGACGGGAAGGCACUGGACAUGUACUGCUUUGAUCACGACGUCGUAAACUGCGCGGCGUGCAUCGCGAUUAACCACAGAAAGUGCAAGAAGGUUACGUACCUCCCUGUGGCAGCGAAGGACAUUGCACAAACCGAAGAGUACAAAGACGUCAUAGUUACCAUGGAAACCCUACGCGUUGAACUGGCCACAUCGCGCGUGCGCAGAAACGAAGACAACAUCCGGUUGUCGAAAGAAAAAGACGAUGCUGUGCAUAGAGUUAAGUACAUACGUAAGCAAAUCAACAAAUGCCUCGACAAACUCGAAGAGAAAACGUUGGAGGUAUUACAAAACCAGUUCAGAGAAUACAACGCCAGAAUCCAACACGAUAUAGACACAUGCAACGAGAUUAUUGCGACGCUUGCACGAAUAACGUCAGAACUGUCACCGGCAACGGUCAUGGAUGAUAGCCAAAGGUUCAUCACCAUGCGCCAAGGGAAAAGCACGGCGUUAAAAGCAAAAAAUACAAUCGCGACACUGCAUGAAAUGAAGGGCACAGAACAGAUCCAGUUCCUUCCGGAUCCCCGAAUUACCGACCUCGUAAAGAGCCUGCCGUCGCUGGGGAGCUUCGCAUCGGAGCAGCGCCUCCUGACGGCAACCCUGGUCGCGCAGUUUGACGUUCACCUUGCGAAUGACGUCAGCGAAUGUCAGAUUCUCGGCUCGGCUUUCCUGCCAGAUGGGAAAGCAAUUCUAGCCGACUGGGAGAACAAAAAGGUCAAACUUCUCAACCAGUCGUUCAAGGCACGUUAA